AGAGGUCACACAGACAUUGUGAAGAUACUUCUGGAUAAAGGAGCCGACGUAAAUAAGUCCUACCCUUUGAUUCGAGCAGCAUCAAAAGGCCAUGAAGAUAUCGUUCGGCUUCUUUUAAAAAAUGGAGCUGAUUGGAAUCAGCUGCAGGGUUUGAAGGCAGAAGUAGCUAGUGAUCGGGCAGGUUUUAUGGAUAACUUUGUCUACAUGAAUCUUAAUGAGGAUCGGAUUGCCAAGAUGAAGGAGAAAGUAUCGUUAUCAUCGAAGUCAGAAGUCCAAAAACAUUUGUCUGAACAAACUCGGGGAGAAAGAGAAGAUCAAUUAGAGCAGCAGCAGAAACAACAACAACAACAACAGUUCAGGGCGGGAAUAGCUGAUAAUGUUGAAACUCCUUGUAACAUUACUAUAACGGUAGUAGGUCACAAAGGAGUUGGGAAAUCCUGUUUUGUGAAACAAAUCCAGAAAGAAUACAUUCCGGACGGAGGGCCUACUUCAACCAACACCGCUGACUUUUAUGUUAAUUACUUAGCUUACGAUCCGAACAGCGGUUACCGAAAGAAACUUGAUAAAAAUGGGGAAGAAGAAAGUGGUCGCCGAAGAAUCAAGCGAAUAAUAGAUCGAUACCAAAAACAAAGAAAGCCUGAUGCAGAAUCUCCUAUAAGUUCGACCGAACUACAGGACCAGGAUAUUAAAGAUCAACCAUCAUCUCAACCAUCAUCUCUCACCAAAACAAGACUGAGAAAUGAAGUAUCAACGUCAUCAUCUGGCGCAAAGUCUGUGCAUAAACCAUCAUCUCCAUCUCCACCAGCUUCAUUAUCCACGACGAAACCAGAGGAUCACCGGAAAAAGAAAUCGCAUUUGGAUCCUUCCCAUGCAAAGGAUAUUAAUCGUAUAUCUGAUGAACAACAAAACGUUAUAGAAGAGAUUAUGCAGACUAAAACUGAAACCGAGGAAAAAGACAAGCAGACGAAGGGCUUCAUCACAAUCUAUGAUUUUGGAGGAGAGAAAGUGUUCUAUAAUACCCAUCAUUGUUUUAUGUCAAGCAACAUGGUCUUCGUCCUGGUGUUCGACGUGGCGAUGUGUCUUGAUCCUGAUAGGUCCAAGGAUGGCUAUGAAAGGAUCGAAACCUGGUUGAGGUCUAUUGCUACCUAUGCUAUUGAUCAAGCAGUCCGUGGCAAAGGGACGCCUCCCAUAAUCCUGGUGGGAUCUCACUUGGAUGAAGUGUCUCAAGAUAAACAAAAACAGGAAGAAGCAUUUGGCGAAGUGCUGGACAAAUUGUACGAGAACCCUCAAUUGCGUGUAAUAAUGGAAAAUCACGUACAGGAAAUGUAUCCAAUCGCCCACCUGAACGAUUCAAAAAGGAACCAAGACAUAUACGAGGUGGUGUGGGAAAAGGUUAUAGAGAUUGCUCCGCUUCAAUCGCAGUGGGAAAAACCUAUACCCGCAAGGUGGCUGGCUCUACAACACCAGCUGAUUAAACGGAAAAAUGCAGGGACUGUGAUUCUAACGUAUGAAGAAUUGAUGGAAAUCAACAACAAGUCAGCUAUUCCAUUGGACGAACAUGAACUCAUGAAGUUUCUUAAGAAUUUGAGAUUUGAUGGUUGCUUUAUUUGCUUUAACAUUGAAAGCAUGAGGCCUUUCGUCAUUUUAAGACCUCAAUGGGUAAUAGAUGCCUUUAAAGGGAUCGUUACAGAUCUCAAGUUCACGGCCGGCCUAUCGUCGAAACUAAAGCUUCAGUGGAGAGAAUAUGAAAGAACUGGCGUCCUAACGCUCGACUUUAUCCGGCAACUUUGGGAACAAAACGACGACAAAAGCUUCCUUGCAAACAUGAAAACGCUCUUCAACAUCAUGGAAACACUUGGCUUGGUAGCAAAUCCAUUGCAAGAUACUUCAAAUGACGAGGUUGAUUACUUCAUAGUGCCUAUUAUGCUCCGAACGGCGGAUCCCGAUAUAGUUCGACCGUUACUUGAUGACCCUGAAACCGUUGCCACUGUCACUCUUUGUUUCAAGUUCGACAACCCAUUCAUUCCACAAGCCGUAUGGGACAAGAUGGUCGCUGCUUGCCUCCACAGGUUCCAGCGACUAAAUGAGCGCGGCCAUGACGGUUCAAAGUUUAUCCAACGCGGAUUUGUCUGUCUAGCAGUAGACUUUCUGUGGAGCGUGAUUGUCAACUGCCGCGAAAAUGUCAUGAAGAUUACUAUGUUCAAGAAGGAUACGGAUCAAUCAGUUCCAACAGGAGCCGGAGUUAACCUACGCAGCAUUCUAGAAUUUCAUCUUAACAGGAUUCUAGAAUUGAAUCACCAGAGUCAUCUCAAGUACCAGUUCUACCUCCACAACGACUACCGCUUCUCGGCCGAUGACAAGAUGGUGAAGGUAGACGAUCUCCGACAGACCUCACGCCUACAAAGCUACAGUUCUACUAAGAGCCGAUGGCUAGUAAGAGAGGACAUACACAUCUGGUUCAAAAAUCCAGACCAGAAGAGGGCACGGACCCAGAGAAGUCAUGUCGACUCGAUGAAUGAUCUACCGGAUAGAAAGUUGUCAGUCAAAGAGAUGGGUCGACUGUCUAGGUACAUCGGCUUUGCCUAUCAGUCUUUCUUUACCGAGCUGGACUGCCCUGUUGUAUUAUUGGAACAGAAGAUUGCAGAAAACCAGGAAUUCUCCCAUAGAUCUCUCAUAACGAAGAUCUUUAUUCACCUCCUUGAAACGGGCGCGGAUGUUACAUUCACAAGAGUCGCAGAUGCGAUGUCCGAGCAUGGAUUAGAUCCAAAAAAGCUGUAUAGCAUCAUUGACGACAACAGGGAUAUGUUGUUUAAUGACGACACUUUGUCAGAGGGAUUUUUACAGAAAUGCCUAACGGUAUAUGACGCUCCGGUCAUUGCCGACCACGUGAACGCCAAAAAGUACUUCAACCUGUUCCUUGAGCUCGGCUUAACGCCAAAAAGAGUUGACGAGUUAGACGUCAACUUCAGAAACGAUACAAUUCUUAACAGGAUCAAUGCGAUGGUUGAGGAGUUCAUUGAGAAUCCUAGUCGACGUCCUACUCUAAACACAGUUCUGCUUGCGAUGGCGGAAUGCGACAUGGACACCAAUUCCCUCAUCCAAGCCCUAACUUAAACAAAGUGAAAGCAGGACAGCCUAUUAGAUGUUUGAGAUUUGGAGCAAGUUCCGGACUUGGUGUUCUGACGCGGAAAAGCGGCCAGAUUACAACGCAUUGUACAUCCCAUGGGAUGAAUCAAGGUUUCACAAAAAAACGUGUCAUGAAAGGCCGACUUGUUAUCAGUGACAUUAAAGACGUCAAUUUCUGUUAGCGUGGUGAUUCUGGAUCGGAAGUGUUUGUCAUAACCCUUACCCUACAUACUACCCGGACACGUGACUGUAGAUAGCAAUUGAGUUUAUCAACAGCAAACUUAUCGUUAAACCAAUUGGAAACAUUAUCGGGAAACUCAAAUCCGAUCAUGUAAAGGCGCUCGUGCUUAAAACGCUUACAAUGUGUACAUAACGAAACAGACGAUAUGGCAUUCACAGUGUAUUACAUGUAUGCUAAUGCUGCCUUGUUUAGAAAAACGAGCUAUUUCUCAACAUUUUUAAUUUAUCUAUGUGAUGAUGCAAUCUAUUUUAUAUAUAAUAAUUUGUUGGUCUAUGGUGUCUGAACAAUAGUAAGGAUUUCAUUUCAAUGAUAAAUUUAUGUCUCUGUACAUAGAUGAUGUUUUUGAUGAAUUUGUACAUACUGAAUAUUAUCAUUUUUGUUGUAAAUAUAUUCAGAAACAAAUUAACGUUAUAUAUAACAGAGUGGUGUUAUUGUAGAUAUAUUUUAUAUAUUGUUAUUUCAAUAAUCUGACCAAUAUUUUCAACAAGGUUUUUAUACACCCAGACGUUACUAUAUGAUGAACAUUACAUCGAUAUGGUCCAUGGUGAAUAAGGUCGUUGAACUGGACCCAGUUGUUCCAAAUGGCGAUUAGGCUUAUUACAGUUAAACAACAGCUUUAAAAUCUCGAGAAAAGUAUUUGUAGAAAAAUAAUUUUGCAAACCUUUAUUAAAUUAUAACACUACCUACCCAUUUUAAGAAAAAAUAUACUCAGGAUUUGAAGUAAAGGUAAAAUGGAAUGUUAACUAAUCAUGUGAUUCAGCUACCUACCUUUUGAACAACUGGGCCCUGCUAUUUUUUCAUUUUUUUUCCUAACAAAAAUACUAUUUUUUGGAAUAGCAAGAUUAUUUCAUACGAUCGACAAUGUCCAAAAGCAAUAUACUUUUCUGUCGGGGUCUUGCGACUAUUUUUAAACCGUGUAUUAGUAUCUUUAAAUAUGCACAUUUUUUUUUUUACAUUUAUUUUACCCUUGUUUUCAUAUACAAUAUAUUUGUUCGAGACUAUGAUAUGUUGAUUGUUCGCUCAUUUUAAAUGAUGAACACAGUUUACAAACCGGAAAAUGGACAUAGAUUAACAUGUCGUUUAUUUGUUUGCUGGGUUUAUCGACACGUAAGUAACCAGAGUCAUACCUACCUGUCCUGAUUAAGUCAAUAUAGUGUACGAACAGGUCCUAAUUUAGUCAAUAUACUGUGCAUACACAUCCUGAUUAAGUCAGGUACAUAUAUUGUACCCACACGUCCUCAUUUAGUCAGGUACAUUUAAUGUACGUACACGUUCUGAUUUAGUCAAAUGCAUAGACUGUACGUACACGUUCUGAUUUAGUCGGACACAUAUAUUGUACGUACACGUCCUGAUUAAGUCAGGUACAUUAAUUGUACGUAAACGUCCUGAUUUAGUCAAAUGCAUAGACUGUACGUACACGUUCUGAUUCAGUCGGACACAUAUAUUGUACGUAUACGACCUGAUUUAGUCAGGUACAUAGAUUAUACGUACACGUCCUGAUUUAGUCAGGUACAUAAGUUGUACGUACAUGUCCUGAUUUAGUCAAAUACAUGGAUUGUACGUAUACGACCUGAUUUAGUCAGGUAAAUAGAUUGUACGUACACGUCCUGAUUAAGUCAGGUACAUUAAUUGUACGUACACGUCCUGAUUUAGUCAGGUACAUAUGUUGUACGUACAUGUCCUGAUUUAGUCAGGUACAUAUAUUGUAGGUACACGUCUUCAUUUAGUCAUGUACAUAGAUUGUACGUACACUUCCUGCUUUAGUCAGAUACAUAUAUUGUACAUACACGUCCUUUGAUAUAUCGAAGUAACUUCCCUUCGGCCGAGAAAGGGGCCGCGGGGCCGAGUGGUUAAGGUGUCCCGACACUUUAACAGUAGCCCUCCACCUCUGGGUUGCGAGUUCGAAACCUACGUGGGGUAGUUGCCAGGUACUGACUGUAGGCCGGUGGUUUUUCUCCGGGUACUCCGGCUUUCCUCCACCUCGAAAACCUGGCACGUCCUUAAAUGACCCUGGCUGUCAAUAUGACGUUAAAUGAAAACAAUCAAACAAAUCGGCCGAGAAAGCAGUGUGUCUGAACACACGGCAGCCAUAUUUGAAGUGUUCUGAUCGAUAGCAAACAUUUCUUUUCGAAAUUUCAUGAUGUUGGCCUUGUAUGUUUGUCGUGAUACGAUUAAUAAGUAUACAAUCAAAAUGUUUUAGCAUUGAGUAACAAAUCUACGAUAACUCCUCUGUAUAUCGAUUUUAGAUUUGAAUUAAUGGUUUGGUGAUAGUGUCAGUUUUCUUAGUUUUUUUCGCUGUCCAAUAUCUGAAUUGAAUUGAUAAAAUAUUUCAGUCAUACAUAUUCACGUACAUCAAGCUAUCAUGUAUAAUAAUCCUUUUAAGAAUAAAAUCUAGUUAAUGGCAAUAUAACACUUACAUUCGUUACAAUAAUUUCAUUUUUUUCUUGCCAGCAAAACAUUCAAACAGGCCCGUGAGCCUGGUCUAUUUUAAUUCAACAAUAUUCUUCCUAUAUUGUAUUUAAUCGGAAUAUAAUGUAUUGUAUUGUAUUUUGUCGUAGUUGCAAUACAGAUUUGUAUUUCGUAUGAUUAAAUUUAAAAAAAUGUGCAACUUUGAAUUUAUCUGAGAUUUCGUUUACAUAAGGAAAAAGCAAUAAACAAAUACAUGCUAUAAACGUAGACAGAACAUGUGGGUACGACGAUGCUGUUUAUUCUGCUUUACUGUAUAAGGUUUGAGUCUUUGUGUUGGCAUCGCUCUGUCCGUAUGUAUUUAGGUAUUUGUCGGUUUGCAUUUUUUACCAUAAUAAUAUGUAACAUUUGGAAUUUUCUCAGUUAUGUUAACACACUUUUUACAGGGCUUAAUUUCAGUAGAAAGUUGAUUUCGGAAUUCCUUCUUUAAGUUAGAUUAUAUUCCUGGUGUCUGCUUUGGCGCAAUGUUUAUAGGAAGCACGGAACCAAAAUAUUCCCCAUAGACGAUAGUGUUAAUGUUGAUAACUGUCCUGAUUAAAUGUAGUUUUUUUAACACUGGUCCACUAACCUUAAUUUUACUGCUGCUAAAUGAAAGUUAGGUUUCAGAUCCUUAACCGUUUAUUGUAAACCGUUUUCGUAAUAAAUACAACAAAUCCUUCAGUGAUGUCACAAGCUAUUUCUCCCCAUGGCCUUGAUUUUUGUGUUUAUCAACGCUGUCUUUUAACUUGUUCAUUGCCAAGUGGAAAGUGUGUCCACAUAAAUCUUCUUAAACUUGGAACCCACUUGUAGUUUUCUUGUAACAAUAAUUUUUCACUGGGUCACCAUUGUAAAAACUUGAAGUACAAACUGGAUAUUUCCUUUGAUUCCUGCUUGCAAUACCAUUGACGUUUACUUUCCAGCAUUCCAAAGUGUGGUUCGAUGAUAGACUUGUUACCAAUACCUACAUAACGUCUCAGGCAAUAUCUCUUGUAAAUAAAUAUAAUAAGUAGAUUCCGCCCCUUAGACUAUAAAAGUCUCCAGCCUAUCAUACCACAUAAUAGGAAAACAGUAUGAGUAUUUAGAGCCCGAAGAGCUUAAAUAGUUGGUUCAUUGGUAUUUGUUUGAUAUCCUGAUGUUUUCUAGGACGUUAUAGUUUAGCAAUAUCUGAUCUGGCGGCAUGUAAUGGUUCCCAUAUCCAGGUUUUAGAAACAUCGCUAUCACGAGACGGUAGGCAGCCGAAGUCAUGAUAAAGUCUUAUACAUUUCUUGAUCGGCUGACCUUGUUCUAGGAUGAUGUUUAUACUAACACCUGUUACUAUGUAUAGGCAGUGUGUUUACAUUUUACCCGGCUUAUGGCGAAUUGAAUGCUAAUCAUUCAAUAAACUGUUUCAUAAAUAAGUCUUUGUUUUUAAGUAUUUUUUUAAUGAGGUUUUUAUGGGAUAUUGAGUUUUUUUUCUGAAUGUAUUGAUGUAUGUAUAAAACAUGUUAUUAUGCUACAUGUACACUGUAUGACAUGUACUUACAAAAAAUUGGAAUGAUGUACACAAUUCAUCAACAGUUAUAAAGCUAUAUGUUUCUAAGACUAACUGGUUAUAAAUUAAUUUGAUACUUACACUAAUAAAGAUAUCAUUUCUUUCUUUUUUUAUUUAUGUUGGUAAAUUUCGAACAACCAGUCAUUAAUCUAUUUUUGAAACUUGUAGAUAGCCCAAGAUAGAAAGAAAGAAAAUGCUCAUUUUGUGAUAGUCAACGAAUUGGUGACGAAAUGCAUUAUUUACAUGAAUGUACAAGAUUGUCUGCUGAUAGAAUGUUAUACAUUGACAAAUAGUAUAGGUCAAAACCAAAUAUCAUUACACUGAAUUCAACUGAUGAGUACAUCCAAUUGUAAAACACUAAUGAAAAUAUGUACUUUUAUAAGAAUACAUAACAAUAUUUAUCCUUUUUGACAGUGUUAUGUAUUGACUGCUAACACUACAAUAAUUGCAUGUAUUAUAUCGUAAAUGUUUUCUCUAUAAUUUAUCUUGAGAAAUAAAAUGAAUUUGAAAAUUUCAA